UGUCAAGCCUCCUUCUGGCGACAGUCACGUCUUUCUAUUAACCUGCGCGCGCACGCCAAUACCCACGCGUGCAUCCCUCCCUCGCUGCCUACACCACCCUCCUACACACCGGGGUCCGCUGGACGUUGGCUCUGACAGGAUUCAGGACUAGUUGCACCAGCCAGGUCCUCGCACCCCCGAUCGUUAGAAGGAAGAUCUUGAAAUUUUAGAGAUGGAUAGCGUUCGACUCCGAAAACUGAGUGAGACUCUGUGGAUGUUCUGGGCCUUCGCCCUCGUGGGCUUUGACAACGCUGUCCUGGGACCCUGUCUGCCGGACCUGCAGGCGCGAGUAGGGGCCAGUCUUGACAGCAUGUCCUUCGUCUUCGUCCUGCAAGGCAUCGGCUUUCUAACGGGACUCCUGAUUGGACUUCUCCUGGACCGGAAUUCCUCACAUCGACGGUUUCUGAUCGGCGUUUACGUCUUUCUCGGCAGCGCCGUCAACAUGUCAUUGCCGAUGGUUCCUCACUUCGCCUAUCUCUUGUCCAUGUUCUUUCUGCAGGGAGUGACGAAGGGACUCGUGGAUUUCGGCGUGCUGUCGCUAUGCAACGUGCUGCACGAGAACAACAAGGCCGUCGUCCUUCAGUUCGUCGUGACAGGAGCGGGAGUCGGUACUUUCCUCACCCCCUUCAUCGCCAAGCCCUUCGUUAACGAUCACUUGACAACCACAGAUGCGUCCUCAUCGGCCAUGGGCAAUGCCAGUGGAUGUAUCGCCGUUCAUAGAGAAGCUCGAGACGUGGCACGAGAGUUCCUCAUCGGCAACACGUCAUGGCGCGAGCCCGUGGUGCACCAGAUGACAGAAGUCGGUGCUCAAGCAUCAGGUGCGGACGUCCGGAUUCCGUUCGUGAUAAUAGGGGCAAUGGCCAUUCCAGCAGGGGUGGCUUUUCUGUAUUUUCACUACACCAACAAGGAUGCUUCUGAGUUGCCUACGAAAGGGUCUGACAGUCACCAUAUCCAGGUAGAUCCUGAGAAGUCAAAGGGUGCGACCAUGGGUGUCAACGUGUUUCGGGUUCUGGUGGCCGUGUUGCACUUUCCCGUGUUUGGCAUGUUGAUCACGUAUGCUGGUUUGCUGACGACACUCGGCGCACUAUCCCCCUUGUGCAUGACUCCCCAGGAAAUGAGCUUUGUCAUCGUGGUGCUGUGGGCCUCCUUUUCGCUGGGUCGAGUGAUCAACAUUGCCAUGGUGACGUGCAUCCCGCCCUUCUUGCUCAUCACACUCAAUUCGAUUGGCCUUAUAAUCACGGGUCUCGUUCUCCUGGCCAAAGCUUUGGAAGAUACACUCGUUCUUUGGUUCGCCACGGCAGGAUUUGGUUUCUUCCUGUCGCCUUUCCUGCCAGGGUUCAUGUCCUGGAGCAAUGGCUACUAUCCCAUCAGCGGAGCUUUUAUCAACGCUUGUCUGUUCAUCUCUGGCCUUGGCGAAAUGUUGCUACCAUUCGCUGGUAGUCUGCUCCUGACUUACCUGAGUGGGACGGCGCUGCUGGUCUUCUUGGUGUCCGUCUCUGUCGUCAUGUUCUGUCUCUUCCUUCUCACCAGCAGCCUUGCUCGGCGCUUACUAACUUGCUGAUCUGUGCUUUAAGGAUUCGGGGUCAGCACACAUAAAUAUCGAGGUCAGCGUAUUUUAAAUAUUUAGGUCAACUCACUUGAAUUUAAACAUGCACUGAAAACACACCUCUUCCGUAAACAUCACUCCUAACAACCUUUCCCAUAAUGCUAGUCCUUUGUCACAUCCUUCCUUUUCUA